AUGCGCUUCACCGUGGAGCUUAUUAACAACUCUUCAGAUCUUCUGCCGGGGAUUAAGUUGGGCUACAGAAUUUUAGACUUCUGUCACAUCACAGUGAGCUUCUCUGCCACACUGGACCUGUUGGCUCAGAAGGGAGAAGGAGGAAAUGGUGUAAGAAGGGCAAUUCCUGUGUGGAAUGAGUCAGUCUAUAGCCCGGAGGUCAUCUCUGUGAUUGGGCCAUUAUACAGCACUCAUACCAUCAGUGUGGCUCCUUACUUUAUGGCCCAGCUCAUUCCCAUGGUGAACCCUUCGUCUAGUAGUGUCCAGCUGAGCGCGAAGUCUCGCUUCCCCUCCUUCUUUCGGACCAUCCCCAGCGACAAAAACCAGGUGAAGGCCAUUGUGCACCUGCUGAAGACUUUUCACUGGAACUGGGUGGCAUUUCUAGGCGAAGACGAUGACUACAGCUACGAUGCUUUCGAGGUCUUUCUGGAAGAGAUCAGAGAAACCGAAAUAUGCCUGGCCUAUCAAAGCACAAUCACUGACAAACCUGCCAAAAUUAUAAAAGAAUUGUCCUUGCAGAGAAUUAAAGUUGUGGUGGUGGUUGCCAUGACUAGUAAAAUCGAUCGUUUUCUUGAGAAAGCAGCAAAGGAACUUGGAAACGACACGGUGUGGAUUGCCAGUGAAGCCUGGUCUAUGGACACGAGUAGACUGAGAAACCUGGCAACGGUCAAAGUGGGGACAGUGUUGGGGGUCACACUGCAGAGCCUCAAGGAAAUGAAGGGGCUAAAGGACUUUAUUCUCUCUGGCCGAGCUGUGUCUGACUGUACUCAGGAGGAGCUGGGCUGCAACCAGUUAUGUCCUGACUGCGAAGCCAUCAGGAGAGAGGUGGUGGUUAAUCAGGAGCAAAUAUAUGACUAUGGCAUUUAUGCUGCCAUCUAUGCUGUGGCUCAUGCCCUGCAUGACACGCUCGACUGCAGUCACGGCCACUGCUCCAGCAACAUCACUGUAGAGCCCUACAUGAUCACUGCGGCUCUGAAGAAGGUGAAGUUCCAAUUACACAAUCAGACUAUUCAAUUUGACCAGAACGGCGAUCCUCCUGCCUUGUAUAGCAUUGUCUAUUGGAACUGGGCUACUAGCCAACCUGACAUUAUUGGCUCAUACAAUGCCAAACAAAACCCAAGUUUCCAGAUUAAUGCCACUCUCAUCACCUGGUUUGAUGGAUCAAAUGAGGCUCCUAUAUUGCAGUGUUCCAGUUCUUGUCCACCGGGCAGCAAAAGGGUAUUGGUUGGCUUACAAGCCUGCUGCUACAAGUGCCAGAGCUGUCCCAGUGGAACCUACAUCAACAGCACUAGGGACCCAUACAAAUGUGUGGCCUGUCAGGAAAACGAGUGGUCAGCAAACAGCAGCACUUCCUGUAUUCAACGUUCCGAGAAGUUUCAGGAUUUCUCUUCGCCGUUCGCCAUCAUAAUAAUGCUACUGUUCUGCUCGGUCCUGCUCAAAUCCAUCGCGAUCACUGCGCUGUUCCUGUACCAUGGCAACACGCCGGUAGUGAAGUCAGCGGGGGGCUGGCUGUGUGUGUUUAUGUUGGUGUGUCUGACUCUCUCUUCCGUCAGCGCUCUGCUGAACAUGGUGCGCCCGUCUCUGGUGGUCUGCUCUCUCCGCUACCCCAUCUUCAUAGUCUGCUUUGGCUCUGUGCUCUCCUGCCUGACUGUGCGCUCCUUCCAGAUCAUCUUGAUCUUCAAGAUGGCUGCCAGGCUGCCCCGUUUGCACAACGCAUGCGUGAGCUAUGGGGGGCAGUGGGUUGUCGUGACAACCUGCACCUGUUCCCUCCUCUUCCUGUGUAUCAUCUGGUUGUCUGUCGGCGGCCCAGAGCCCAUCAAGACCCCCAAACAAAGUGAAUAUGUGCUGAACUGCAGCUUCGGGAUCAUACCAGUAUUCGUCCUGGUGUGUCUGGUGUUAGUCCUACUGACAAUAGUGUGUUUCCUAUGUGCCUAUAUGGGCAUUGGUCUGCCCAAGAACUACAAUGAAGGACGCUCCAUAACCUUCAGCCUGUUGCUGUGCAUUCUGACGUGGAUUGCACUGUUGACAGUGUACAUGAUGCGUUUGCAAGAAUACUACCAUGCCAUCACCACAUGCGCCAUCCUAAUCAGCAUCUACGCCAUUUUGAUUGGUUACUUUCUGCCCAAGUGUUACAUCAUAAUCCUUAAACCGGAAUGCAACACUGUUGCCCAUUUCCAAACUUCUAUACAGAACUAUACCCUUCAGGGAAGACCAUAGAACAGCACCCCACGUUCAAGAUUAACCUUUUUAAAUUCUCCAAUAUAGUUUUAAGCUUUAUCCUUACGACUUUUCACCUGCAUGGUGCGUUAAAUAUGUACAGUAUGAGUAAUUUAUGCUAUGAAUGACACAAUUGCAUACUAAACCAGCCCGAGAGGCAUUGUGUAACAAUGUUAUUUGUAUUUAUUA